CUCGCCGAGACGGGCUGGUCGGACGAACCGAGCAGAGUAGAGGGCUGUCGGAGUUUCUGCGGUCGGCAUGCAGUGGAGCGGACCGGCGGAGUGAAUUUUACUUUAUUUUCCAGGGAAGAGCGAAUGUCGCAGACGGAUACCGGUGAGCGUGCUGCCGGUUUGACGGGGGGAAAUGAGUAACAGGAUGGAGGGUUCGGCGGGACCAGGCGUCAGGGCCAACGGACCCAUCUCGGCGCCCAGCAACCCGGUGGGGUCUACCACGGGCCCACCUCUGUCCCCAGAGGAGCUGGACGAAGAGCAGCAGUCCUCACUGACGGACGUCACUCAAAUGUGGAUUAAAUUUGCCAAGACGUUUGCCAUCAUCUUCCCCAUCUACGUCUUGGGAUACUUUGAGUUCAGCUUCAGCUGGGUUCUGAUUGGACUCGCCAUGCUGUUCUACUGGAGGAAGAACCACGGCACUAAGGACUACAGGAUAAACCGAGCCUUAGCAUUCCUGGAGCAUGAGGAGAAAGCAGUGAGGCAAAGUGUGCCGACCACUGAGCUGCCACCAUGGGUCCAUUAUCCAGAUGUGGAGAGAGUGGAGUGGCUGAAUAAGACGGUGAAGCAGAUGUGGCCGUUCAUCUGCCAGUUCGUGGACAAGCUGUUCAGAGAGACCAUCGAGCCGGCAGUGAAGGGCGCCAACCCCCAUCUCAGCUCCUUCUGCUUCACCAAGAUCGACAUGGGCGACAAGCCGCUGAGAGUGAACGGUGUGAAAGUUUACACGGAAAAUGUGGACAAGAGGCAGGUCAUCAUGGACCUGGAGAUCAGUUUUGUUGGGAAUACGGAGAUCGACGUGGACAUCAAGAAGUACUACUGCAGGGCUGGAAUCAAAAGUAUACAACUUCAUGGAGUGAUGAGAGUGGUGAUGGAGCCUCUACUGGGGGACAUGCCGCUGAUCGGAGCCCUUUCUGUCUUUUUCCUUAAGAAACCGUUGCUGGACAUCAAUUGGACGGGACUCACAAACAUGUUGGACAUUCCUGGUGUCAACGGUUUGUGUGACAGCAUCAUCCAGGACAUCAUCUACAGCUACCUGGUGCUGCCCAACCGCAUCACCAUCCCUCUGGUGGGAGAGGCCCAGCUGGCCCAGCUCCGCUUCCCCAUUCCCAAGGGCCUGCUGAGGAUCCACUUCAUCGAGGCUCAGGACCUGCUGGGUAAAGACAAGUUCCUGGGAGGGCUGAUCAAAGGCAAGUCCGACCCGUACGGAGUCAUCAAGGUCGGGACGGACCUGUUCCAGAGCAAAGUGAUCCACGAGACGGUCCAUCCGAAAUGGAACGAAGUGUACGAGGCUUUGGUGUACGAUUCCUCAGGACAGAAUAUGACGAUUGAGCUGUUUGAUGAAGACACCGAUAAAGACGACUUCCUGGGAAGUCUGGGGAUCGACGUGGCUGAAGUCCAGAAGGAACAGAAGGUCGAUGAGUGGUUUGUACUGGAAGAUGUGGCUACAGGGAAGCUGCACCUCAAACUGGAGUGGCUGUCUCUGCUGAGCACACCUGAGAAGCUGGACCAGGUGCUGACGAGCAUCAGGGCCGACCGCGGUCACGCCAACGACGGCCUUUCAUCAGCGCUGCUCGUCAUCUUCCUGGAUUCAGCCAGAAACCUGCCGAGCGUCUUCGAGGGGAACUUGGGCUCCGGAUACUUAAAAGAGAGGCGGGCGGCGGGUCUGGUGUUUUGUGAGAACACUGCUUCUCUCUAUAGGACGCUAUUUCGCAAUCCGUUAGAGUUCAACCAAGCAGGGCUGAAGAAGGCCUCGGUCAGUAAGGCCAUAAAGUCGGGUAAAAAAGUGACCAGCGAUCCCAGUCCGUUUGUCCAGUUCACAGUGGGACACAAAUCUUUUGAGAGCAAGACCAGAUAUAAGACCAAUGAACCGGUGUGGGAGGAAGCCUUCACCUUCCUCAUCCACAACCCCAAAACCCAAGAGCUGGAGGUUGAGGUGAAAGAUGAGAAACACGAGUGUUCUUUGGGGACGUUGACGCUGCCUCUGAGGCAGCUGCUGGAGGCCGAGGACAUGACGCUGAGCCAGCGCUUCCCCCUCAGAAACUCUGGACCGAGCUGCACCCUCAAGAUGAAGAUGGCUCUGCGGGUGUUGUGCCUGGAUAAAGACUCUUCCUCGUCCUCAAACUCCACCCCGUCCUCAGUGCAGGUACGCAAGUCGAGCUCCUCCAACCCGACCCCGCGACCCUCCGUCUCCUCUGAGUCCCCCAAGCCUCCAUCCUCCACCUCCGACAUCCCUCGAUCGGCCUCCGUGUCGGCCCAGGACCUGCUGAACCGGCGGAGGGAAGCCGAGGAUUCUGCGAGGUCAGCGGGAAGCACGGACUUGGGGUCGGGCGGUGGAGGAUGUGGAGGUCAGAGCCUGGCGGAAACCGGGAGGAGCACCUCUAACCUGGCCAUCUCGGGCUCCCAGCAGUACCUGGCCGGAGGCAAGGAGCCGACGCCCAGCAUCGCGUCUGACAUCUCCAACCCCUACGCCGCCCAGGAGCUGCAGCACCGACUCCAGCAGCUGCAGAAUGGUUCAGGCCCCAGUUAUUUCCCGCUGGGUGAGGUCCAGCUGACGGUCCGACACAGCUCCCAGAGGAACAAGCUCAUCGUAGUCGUUCACGCCUGCAGAAACCUGAUCGCAUUCACCGAUCAGGGCUCCGAUCCUUACGUCCGUCUGUACCUGCUUCCUGACAAACGCAGGUCGGGCAGGAGGAAAACUCACACCUUCAAGAAAACCCUCAACCCAGUUUACGAUCAGACGUUCGAGUUCAGCGUUUCCCUCGUCGAGCUCCACAGACGGACUCUGGAUGUUGCGGUGAAGAACGGCGGAGGUCUGCUCUCCAAACACAAGGGCCUUCUCGGAAAGGUUCUGGUGGAUUUGACUCAUGAGGAUAUCACCAAAGGCUGGACACAAUGGUUUGAGCUGAGCGAAGACGGCCUGACGAGGCCACACCAACUAUAAGAAGUCUCCAUCGCCAUCGUUGGUAUCAUCAUAUCGCCACACUUCCACUUCAUACACUUCCACUUUAAUCUGCAGACCGCCAUGUCUUGGGUUUUAUUUUCAUUAUUUGGAACCGUAAAGGAACUGAUUGAGAAAAGCAGCUUUUGACGCUCAUUUAAUCACAUCAGUCGCAAGGCAAGCCUCCCCUUUAAGAAGUGAGUGAUUGACUCAAGGGAGUGUAAACUCGUAGAGAACUACGUAUUACAUAAUGUACCGCUAUGGAAGUCUGAAUUCCAUAUUUGUAGAAGAAACUAUAAGUCUUUUUUUUUUUUUUGGUGUUGUACCAGAGUUUCCACAAAGAACGACAAUGUACAAGUGUAAAUAAUGUACCAUGAUGCUGGACAAAACAGAGUAUGGUGUGUGUUCUGCAAAUGAGAGAGCCGUGUGGCUUCUUACUUGGCCAAAUGAUUGUUUGUAAUUUUAUUUAGUUUGAUUCAGUUUUUUCCUGUUUUUAAAUGAAAACAUUCUGGACAGCUUCUGAAGCAGAGCAGGUGGGCGAUUGCACCAAAGAGACGAGCAGUGUUUUAUGAUUUCGCCCUGGUGGGUUUUGGUAACACAACUACACACUGGUUUAUUCCCACUCAUAACCUGAGUGUAUUAACCAAGAGGAAAAACAAAACAAAAAAACUGUACGAGCAUCCGUUAUUACACUGAAAUAAGGCCAUUGUUGAGUGUUGCUAGUUUGUUUCGUGAUUUUUUUUUUUUUUUUUUUUUAAACUGAAUAUGAAUAUUUGCACAUAUGUGUUUUUUUUAAUCUGUCGGGGAUCAUGUGUAUUCAGUGUAAACGUUGCCUAAAUUCGUCUAGGGAAACGUUUUGAGUUUUUUUGUAAUAAAUACAAAACUAAAAAAAUGUAAGCAUCAAAUUGUGUAAGGAUACAAAUCAAUUAAAGGAAUAAUUUAACAUUUUGUCUCAGUUAAAUGUAGAGACACCACCAGGAGAUGGUUAACUUAGCUUAGCUUAGCAUAACAACUUGAAGCAGAGGGAAACAGCUAGCCUGACUCUGUAUGAAGGGAAACAAAUCAACCCACCAGCACCUGUAAAGCUCACAAAUUAACACGAUACAUCUUGUUUACUUAAAUUGUACAAAAUGAUAGUGAUAGUGGCCUUACUGAGAGCUGGUUAAGCCAAAGCAAGAAAAAGUUGGGUACAAAACGUCAGUAAAAGCACUAUCUGGACAAUCCCAGUGAGCUUUACAUGUCCUGGUUGUGGAUUUCCUUACCUUCAAAGCACGGCUGCAUGCCAAGCUAAGCUAACUAGAAUUUUCCCAAAAUGUUUAACUACUCCAUCGUUAAAGAGAUUCAGUUGUCAAACACAUUUUCCUCAUGUCUAUAAAGCCACUCUGUGUAGAAUAAGUUCUCAUGAUGUACCUCAAAUCAGAGAAAACCAAUUUCCGUUGUUACACUGUUAAAUAAAAAUGUUUUUCCUAUGUUUAAAUCAUCCAUGUAUUUAUAUAGUUAUGUCAUACUUGGCUCGCGGUUGCUGAAAUGCAUUUUGUCAUUCCAUUUUUUAAACUUUUUGCUUUUUGCAAUGAAUCUUAACGUAAUAGUUUAAAUCUUCCAAAGUUCCUUUUUGUAGCCCGUGAAUGUAAAAAAAAACAAACUGUACAGGAGAAACUUAAACAUCAGUACUUUAUGUGUUAAUAUUGCCUAAGACUGUGUUUUUAAACAAGACCAGUAUUUACAUGAUAAUUAAACACCUGUUCAGGUUUAAUGGGACUGGAAGGAUCGCACCAAAUUUCAGAUUUCAGAUAUUUGUGGAUUAUUUGAAAGAUGCUUUAAUCAAUGAAGACGUCUGCACAUAGUGGCUUUAAAAAGUUGAGAAAUAUUUUCUUGCAGAAUAAAUCUUUUUAAUUGCGAUUCUCACAGUGGAACUUGUUGCCACAGUGACGUUAAUGUAAACUCUGUUGCUCACAUUUUACUUAUGAAUCAACUUUGGUCUUAACUUGGUGUCAAGUGUCAUUUUCAACAUGAGAGAAAGCAGACUAAUGGUGAGAAUGAUGUUGGCUUUUAAAAAAAAAUGUAUGUAUACGCACAUCAUAUUAAACACUGCUUUGACGUUACAACACUCAACAGAACAGAAGGGAAUUAUAUCAACAACAAAAACACAGGAUAUGCAGUUCUUGAUAUCAAACACAUUAACUAAAUGCAUUUGUUGUCUUUGUGGCUCUAAACAGCCAAAGAGCAGCAAUUUUGUGUUGAUAAUGAGGUGGUUAACGUGACCUCUGACCUUCAAAACACGACAUAUAGACCUUUGCCUUGUUGUGUUCGCGUCAACAAAGUAUUUUACAUAUCUGUAUGCAAACUGCAAAUUGAUGUCUUUCCAUGUUUUUUAUUUGUGUUUUCCAGCUCUCGUCCUCUUUGUCUGGUCUCUUGUUUUAUUUUGUAAGAAACCACAAGUUUGUGUGUAAGCCAUCAGAUCCGAAAGCUAAGCCUCUGGGGUAGAGUUCGUCCUCUGAAAGGCGGGUUUUCUUCUCCGUCAUCUUAAUUUAUAUUGUGCCUUAUGAUUCACGCAACCCAGAGAUAUUUACAUGGAUGAGAACAAGCGACAAAGUGUUCCGAUGGUUCCCCAUGUUUCAGAAUGUCUUCUAAAUGUCUUUUAAAAUGAAUAAAGAGCUUUAGCUGGCUUUAGCAGCAUGAAGCUGUAGAGCA